AUGGCUUUUUCGACCGCUUUAAACCGGCCCAUUAUCUCCUUCAAUGCCACAUCUUCCCCAAUCUCUUGUUUCCUGCAACCGAAUGGUAUCAAUAGCUGUCAGAAUAAUGGACCAAUGGUGGUGGGAUUUCAUAAAACAUAUAAUCAGUCUCUGGUUGUUAGCUGCUGCUCUUCCUCUGGUGAAGGUUCCCCCUCCGACCCUAUGAAUUUAAGGCAGCCACAGUUUUCAUCAAUGCCUAGGCCUGCUUUUGGUGUCCAAAUGAAUGAUAGCAGCUUGCAAAAACCAUCAUAUAAAUGGCGUAGGGUUUUGCUUAAGGUAAGCGGGGAGGCACUUGCAGGAGAUCAGACACAAAAUAUUGACCCAAAGAUAACAAUGUCCAUUGCACGGGAGGUUGCAGCUGUUACUAGGCUUGGUAUUGAGGUCGCGAUUGUUGUUGGAGGAGGAAAUAUCUUCCGUGGGGCCUCCUGGGCAGGGAGCAGUGGCCUUGACCGUUCUUCUGCUGAUUAUAUUGGGAUGCUAGCAACUGUGAUGAACGCAAUUUUCCUACAAGCAACGAUGGAGAGCAUUGGGAUCCCGACAAGGGUUCAGACAGCAUUUCGCAUGUCGGAAGUUGCUGAGCCGUACAUCAGAAGACGAGCGGUGAGGCAUCUCGAGAAAGGAAGGGUUGUAAUAUUCGCGGCAGGCACUGGUAAUCCCUUCUUCACAACCGAUACUGCUGCUGCCCUUCGGAGUGCCGAGAUAAAUGCGGAGGUGGUGCUUAAAGCUACAAAUGUGGAUGGCGUGUAUGAUGACGAUCCCAGGCGCAACCCUAAUGCCCAUCUGCUUGAAACACUAACUUAUCAAGACGUGAUUUCAAAGGAACUAUCUGUGAUGGAUUUGACCGCCAUCACUCUGUGCCAAGACAACAACAUUCCUGUUGUGGUGUUUAACUUGAACAAGGCGGGGAACAUUUCGAAAGCAAUUAUGGGUGAGAGUGUCGGAACAUUGAUUGGAGGGUCUCAGAGGUCGGCUGCGACCACAACUUUGAACAAUUAG